ACACUGUUCAUAAUUGUUUUACCUAAUCUAAUAAUUUUGAUUUUGUGGUAUUUUGGUUAGAAAAUAGAAUUUUGUGUAAUUUCUGUAAAUUUAUAAAUACAUAAUGGCUCGAAAUGUAGCUGAUGCUGCUAGAAAAUUUUUACUACUCGGCCAAUGCGUGCCAACUGUGAAACAAAAUGCAGCUAAAAUACGAGUGAAGAGGUUAGAAUUGGAUGAAAAUCUAUUGAUGUACUUCCGAAAAGACGAGUUUUAUUAUUGCCAUGAUCCCGACAAGAAAUGCAAAACUGGAGAUAUUGUUCUGAUUCAGUCGUUACCACAUAAGUUAACCAAACUUAUUACCCAUGAAAUCAAGGAAGUGGUAUAUCCAUUUGGAGAUGUAACAGACCCUGUUACAGGUAAGAAAGUUGCCAAAGAACGAUAUAGAGAAGAUAUUGAAAAGGAGGCUGAACUGUAUGGCAAAUUACCUUCUGCAUUUGACUAUAAUAAGGCACCGGCAAGAGGAUGGCAAGAAGGGAAGAAAGAUUUCACCUCAAAACCUACUUAUACCAAAUUCCAUGUCUUCGAUGAAAAUGACCCAUAUGCCAUUUAGAACAUGUAGUUAUUUAAUUAGAUAGUUUUAAUUAGUUGUAAUAAAUCAGUU